AUGCAUGGCAUAAAAAGACGGGAACUGACCCAGGACCUGAUUUCCAAAAAGAGGGCCAGGGACGUGGAAAAGAUCGUGAAAUAUCGGUCGUUAACAAAACGGGUGCUGGAGGCCAAGAAAAAUGAAAUAUACACGCUGGAGAAGUUGAAAGCUGCAUCGGAUUUGCUAGAGUUAAAUCCCGAGUUUAAUGCCGUGUGGAAUUUCAGAAGAGAUGCCAUCACCCAUUUGAAAAACGAGCUGCCUCGCGAAUUUUGGGACCAAGAAAUCCAUUUCACCACGCAGCAACUGAAAUCGUUUCCAAAGGUGUAUUGGAUCUGGAAUCAUAGACUGUGGUGUCUGAACGAAUACCCAGACUCGCCGGUCGAAAAAUGGCAACAGGAACUGGCUUUGGUUCAUAGACUUCUGACAAUGGAUCCCCGAAAUUUCCACAGCUGGCACUAUAGGAGAAUUGUGAUUACCAGGUUGGAACAAAUGACUCAGACUAGCUUGAAUCAGCAAGAGCUGGAUUACACCACUGAGAAAAUCAACUCCGACAUCUCCAACUUUUCAGCCUGGCAUCUAAGAGCCACUCUGCUCCCAAAAAUGUUUGCCUCGUCAGAGAUCUCGGACAAAAAGCGUUUUAUCAAACAGGAACAGCAGUAUAUCACCAAUGCCAUGUUCACAGAUGCAGAAGACCAAUCGGUAUGGUAUUACAUAAAGUGGUUUGUCAAGACCGAUUGCGUACUGAAAAUCAUUUCCACAGAAGAGUAUAAGACCCUGCUUCAAGAGCUCAAGGACGGAAUUAUCAUGAUAAAUGAGGACGAAAAGGAAUUUUCCGGCAAAGAAAACAUUUGGUGUUUGAAAUUAUUGUGCUACCUAGAGACCAUACAAGUGGAAGAGCUGGCCGUCGAUGUCAAGCCCAUGAAAUCUGAAUAUUUAGCAAAACUCGCACAAUUCGAUCCCUUAAGAAGGAACCGAUACAAAUAUCUUGCAGAGAAGUGA